AAGUAGUACUCGUCAAACAACUCAGGAUCGAUCAUCUUUUUCUCCCAAAGGUGUUUUCAAACCAAUAUAAUAAUUAUAAUAAUAAUAAUAAUAUAUAUCAUUGGUUUGAAAAUCAAUAUGGGAAGAACUAUAGCACUGCUGUUGUUGUUAGCAUAUGUUGCCAAUGCCCAACCUGGUGUUUUUGAUAUUAGCAAGUACGGUGGCAAGUCGAAUGGAGAUAUCACCCAGGCUGUGACAAAAGCUUGGCAAGGAGCCUGCCAAACAGCGGGAAGGAGCAAAGUAGUGAUUCCAAAAGGGAUAUACAGAAUGGGGGCUGUAACAUUUAGUGGACCGUGUAAGGGUAGGAUCGAGUUUCAGAUUCAAGGAACUGUACAAGCCCCAGGCGAUCGCAGUUACUUCAAGUCGGGAAGUUGGGUCAAUUUUUUACGCAUUGACGGCUUCACUUUGUCUGGCGGUGGAACUUUUGAUGGUAAAGGCAAAAGCGUAUGGGGAACGCGAUCGUGUUCCGGUAUUAAAUACUGCGGUGACCUUCCCAUCAAUAUCAGGUUUGAUUUCAUCAGCAACGGACUGAUUCAAGGCAUAACAUCUUUGGAUAGCAAACAAUUCCACAUUAAUUUGUUGGGUUGCAAAAAUGUUACCUUCCAACGCGUAAAUAUCAUAGCACCUGGAAAUAGUCCCAACACUGAUGGAAUUCAUAUUGGGCGAUCAUCUGGAAUCAGAAUACUCGAUACAAAGAUUGCAACUGGUGAUGAUUGUAUCUCCAUUGGUGAUGGCAGUCGGGAUAUACUUGUCCAAAGGGUAACUUGCGGACCUGGCCAUGGAAUCAGCAUCGGAAGUCUUGGCAAGUACACGAAUGAAGAACCUGUGGUUGGAGUCAAAGUUUUUGAUUGCACAAUGAUAAACACACAAAAUGGCGUGAGAAUCAAGACAUGGCCUAAUUCAUAUUCUGGCACUGCCUCUGAUCUACAUUUCGAGAAUCUCCUCAUGAAAAAUGUCGACAAUCCUAUCAUCAUAGAUCAAUCAUACUGCCCAUGGAGCCAGUGCAAAGCACAAAUCCCCUCCAAGAUCAAGAUUAGCAACGUCAGUUUCAAGAACAUAAAAGGUACAGCUACUACCAGGGGGGCAGUGAAGCUUAUCUGCAGCAAGGCAGUACCAUGUCAGGAUGUGAAGGUCACUGACAUAGACAUCCGAUACCAAGGAAAAGACGGUCCUGCUACUUUCCAAUGUACUAAUGUCAAACCAACCCUCGGUGGGAAACAAAAUCCUCCUCCUUGUUCGGUUAAAUAAAUUCCAAAAGUUACCGAAUAAAUCACAAUAAGAUUAUUACAAUAUAAUUUAAUUAAACUUCUUGUGUACUACGUUAAUAUAUAUAUAUAUAUAAUCUUGCAUGCAUGCAUGCAGUUUGUUUGUCGUAAAAUACAUGAUCAAUUGUGGUUAUGGAAGUGAUGAAGCUGAUAGUGUUGAUGUAAAGAGACAUGCAAGAUGUUAUAACUUCUGAUAUAUUGCAACAGCCCCGACCUUGAAGACCAAAAUGCAUAUAUAUAUAUAUAUAUAUAUAUAUAAAAUAAAUGUCCAACUACUAUAAGAAGUA